AACGUAGGCUAAAGGCAGGCACGUACGUACGUACGUGUAGACUUUGGUGGUACAGACAACACAGUGAACGCCAUGGCAUCGGUGGGAAGAAUAUUAGCCAGAAAUUUGGCUCGAAGCCACCAACUAGGAACCAGAAGCUGUUACACCCACUCUAGAGUCAAUCUUCAGAUUAACAAUGAAACGAAGGUCAUAUGUCAAGGCAUCACUGGCAAGCAGGGGGCCUUUCACACUGCCCAAGCCUUGGAAUAUGGCACCAAAAUGGUGGGCGGAGUCACGCCAGGGAAGGCGGGCCAAACGGCUAGUGGGGUGCCAGUCUUCAACAACUGUAAAGAGGCCAAAGCAGCCACUGACUGCGACGCGUCCGUCAUCUAUGUCCCACCGGCCUUUGCGGGGGCGGCCAUCUUGGAGGCCAUGGAGGCGGAGAUCGGGCUGGUGGUCUGCAUCACGGAGGGCAUCCCCCAACAGGACAUGGUGAAGAUUAAGCACCGGCUAGUCAGGCAGGACAAGACCAGGCUGGUCGGGCCCAAUUGCCCCGGAAUCAUCAAGCCCGGUGCAUGUAAAAUCGGCAUCAUGCCGGGCCACAUCCACCGACCGGGCAACAUUGGCAUUGUCUCCAGGUCUGGUACCCUGACCUACGAGGCUGUGGCUCAGACGACAAGCGUUGGCUUGGGACAGUCCCUCUGUGUGGGUAUUGGUGGAGAUCCCUUCAAUGGGACCAACUUCAUAGAUUGUUUGGACGUGUUCCUGAAGGACCCAGAAACUGAAGGAAUCGUCCUCAUUGGAGAGAUUGGAGGCGGAGCCGAGGAGAGGGCAGCUGAAUUUCUCAAGGAAAACAAUAUGGGAGAUGACCGCAAGCCUGUGGUGUCCUUCAUUGCCGGCCUAACAGCACCCCCGGGAAGGAGGAUGGGUCACGCUGGUGCCAUCAUCUCCGGAGGGAAGGGCGGAGCAGAACACAAGAUAGAGGUGUUGAAAGAUGCCGGUGUCUCCGUCACGAUGUCCCCGGCUCAGAUGGGAACCACUAUGUUGAAGGAAAUGGAGAAGGCAGGUAAAGUUUGAUGUCCGGACGGCUAGUAUCUACAGCAACCACACCACAACCUUCAGCAAAACUAGUUUAAGUUUGUUACAUAUACAUGCAAGAGAUGUAUUGUUUUUAGAGGGGUGUUCUUGAAAAUCAUUAGCCACUUGCCGCCAGGGACUCCGGUUUCGGGCACCGUGUGUUUAUAUGCGUGGCGGAGGUCUCCAAAAUCGGACAAAGGGAACUGGGCCUUGUAA